CUCUUUUUUUCUCCCAAAGAUGUGUGAUAAAGUCUAUGAGAUUUUAGAUAAGAAUACCAUUCAUGUGACUGGGAGCACACAGCAAGUCGAAGGACGUGAUGAUGAAUAUUUUCUGAGGGAAGUUAUAAGUCCAAUAUAUCAAGUUUUAAUGAAGGAAGCAAAGAGAAACAACAAAGGCAAGGCAAGUCAUUCUAAUUGGAGAAAUUAUGAUGAUCUUAAUGAAUACUUUUGGUCUAACAAAUGUUUUCACGAUCUAAGCUGGCCAUUGAAUCCCAAAGCAGACUUUUUUAGGCAUUCAGAUGAGACACAGACAGGACAUCCGGUCUGUAUCUAUUUUCCCACUUUUCCUUUUCAUUCUGUCUGA